AUGGGUGCCGCAGGGAUUGCCAUGCACCCGGUUGCUACGCGCGCCGGGUCUGCAGCCGCUGAGAAGCUCAUGCCGAAGGACGCGCCUGUGGCGCAUACGCCACCCCACCUGUUGGCGCCCCUGCCGCAACCGUCGCGUGUAUGGGGCCUGCAACACAGGGAUCUGGACGCAUACCCGGUGGUCGAUACCAGCAGCGUUGAGGAUGCGGCGGUGCCGAUGCAGCUUGCAAUGGCACCGCCGAUCCGUGCCUUGAAUGCCACCGAGCUGCGCACGCUCUACGAGGAGUACAAGACGCUGGACGUGCCGUACAAUGUCGUCUUUCCCUUUUUAUACUGCGGCCACAAUGGGCACGCGGUGCAAAACCACUUUUUCCACGCAUCCACCGAAAGCCCAUCUGCGCCAAACUACCGCGGCCUGACCAUCGUUCGCGCGUCCGAGCCGAGCGACAGCGACUCGGACCAAGAGACGCUCUGUGACUACGACCAGGGCAACGUGCCGCUCUCGGCGCCGCCCACGCACUCGAUGCUCGUCUCGUCGCUCGCGCCGGAAGAGGUGCUGCGCUUCCCCCCCGGCGCGCCGCACCUCGACCGCCCUGCGCCACACGACUCGCGCUUCCGCCGCCAGCCGUCGUCGAGCAAGGUGAGCAUGCGCAACUUCCAGGCGCAGAGCAUCAACUACGCCAUGAUCUCGGAUAUCGUCGUGUACAGCCCCGAAGGGCCUACGGAAACGGCCAAGGCGACCGCGCUCGCCUUCCGGUACGCGCAGCAGAACUACUGGUACGACCGCGUCAAGAUGCGCCUCGACGGCCUGCAGUACAAUGUGUUCCUCGUCACGGAGCCCUUUGCGGAGCUCGAGCAAAAGUGCCCCGAGCUCGUGGCGCUCGAUUCGCGCGGCGUGGCGCACAACCACGUCGAUUUUCUGCAGCGCGAGCAGGACGAGAUGUACCACAUGGCGCGCGCCUCGCCGAUCGCGACGAAUGUGUACCUCGGUGCGUCGCGCGACUUUUUGCCGAACGCGACGCUGCCGCAGGACGCGCCGGUGAGCGGCGCGCCGACCUUUUCGAUCGGCCUCGAGGCGUUGGAAGACAGCCAGCCCCCCCCCGCGCGCUUCCUGCACACCGUGUCGGACAGCUUUGCGUCCUUUGACAAGGCUGUCGCGCACGGCGAGCGCGUGCAGGUGCCGACGGCGCACUUUGAGUGCCCCACCGGCACGAUGCACCGUCUGACCCGCGAAGGAAUCCACGCCGUCUCGCACCAAGUCCUUACGAUGUGUGCGUGGCUCGACGCGCACGUCGACCCCGCGCAAUGCCUAUACCCCAACAUCGCACGCCGCGCCCUGAUCCACUGCCCGGACGGCUACACCGAGUCGUCGGUCUUUGCCCUGUCCUACCUAAUGUAUACCAAACGCAUUUCGCUCAGCGAUGCCUACCUUGAGCUGCAGCUCGAGUACGGGCGGUCCUUCUUUGUCUUUGCCAAGGACCUGGAGCUGCUCGCGGCGAUCGAGGCGCGCAUCGCCUCGCUCCCCGUGUCGGUCGACCGCGCGCUGCGCCCUUCGCAAAGCGAGGACUGGAUGGACGACGAGAACUUUGACGGGAGCUUCCCCUCGCGCAUUCUCCCCUUCCUCUACCUGGGCAACCUCGGCCACGCACGCAACGCACGUCUGCUGCAUGCCCUCGGCAUCACGCACGUCGUGUCGGUCGGCGAGAGUGCGAUCCACGACGACUCGACCGACCCUGCGAGCCACUCGCUCGCGGCCGCGCACCACGACGGCUCGAUCAAGCUCCUGAACCUCACCAACGUCGCCGACGACGGCACGGAUCCCCUCCGCGAAAUGAUGUGCGAGGCGACCGAGUUUAUCGAGGACGCGCGCAAGACGAACGGCCGCGUGCUCGUGCACUGCCGCGUCGGUGUGAGCCGCUCGUCGACAAUCGUGAUUGCCUAUGCCAUGGCGCACCUCGACUGCAGCCUCAUUGACGCCUAUCUGCUGGUGCGCAGCCGCCGCCUCAACGUCCUGAUCCAGCCCCACCUGCUCUUUUUCUGGGAGCUGCGCGGAUGGGAGGCGUGCAUCGCCGCGUGCCAGGGGCGCCUGCACCCCUCUGCCCCGAUGAACGCCGCGCCGCGCAUGGAGCUCGGCGGCGGGCGCGGCUGCUACGCGCUGGAGGACCGCGCUUAUCAGCGCGCCGGCGCGCAGAGUGUCACGUGGAGCUAUUUCUGCCGGGAGAUCGCCGCGCUGAAUGCGCGCUACCGCCGCGCCCCGGACGGGCGCGUGGAGUCGCCUGCGCCGCACGAGGCCGUGUCGCCGACACUACCGAGCGCGCCGAGUGCGCCACAGGCGCUGCCCCGCUCGAUCCGCUUCACCGAGCCGAGCCAGGCGCCGCGCAUGCCGUCGCGCGCCGACCCGGCGAUACGCCGCUCGACCUCGGAGCAGAACGUGCGCGGGGCGCGGUCAGAAAAGCCGCGCCUUCAUGUGCGUACAGAUGUAGAAGACGAGCGCCGGCGCCGGCCACGCCGCCCGCGCCACGAGCGCCACGCCGACGCGGAAUACAUCGACUCGGCGCCGCCCACGACGCGCCGGCCCAAGGGCGUGGCGAGCCCCGAGGCGGACGAGCAGCGCCGCCCGUCGCUCCCGUCGGUCCUCGCACCGAGCGCACAAACAUGGACGCGCUCGACGCCUGCCGACCCGAUCUGGAGCCGAAAGCACCGCUACGCCCGCGCCGCCGAGGCCGCGACGGGCGCCUCGCCGAGCGACUUUGCGCCAGCCCGCGAGGCCGACUCGCUCUGGUCCGAGGCCGUGCCGCCGAACGAGCCGUCGCCGCCGGCCUCGCCCGUCACCGCCGCGACCAAGGCGGCGGGGAGCACGGCGCGCUCGCCGCUCCUCGCCGCCGUGCCCUUCCGCCCGCUGGGCUCCGCGGCGAACCGCCCGAAAGAACGCCGCGACAAGACACGCAAGAGCGGCAAGCAGCGCAUCCUGCAGCAGGCGCGCGAAGUCCCGUCGGACCUCGCGACGCUCGCGACGCUCGCCGUGGGCCACGACGACGCGAUCGAGGAGCAGACGCAGCGCGAGCGCGACGAGCAGUGGCUCUCGGAGGAGCGCGAGCGCCACGCGGCGUACCAGGCCUCGCAGCUCGCCAAGCUGCAGGCGACGCCGCCCCGCCAGCCCCGCCGCCGCGCAUUCUACACGCCCGCGCAGUUUGAGGAGGAGGAGGACGAUCUGUUUGUCGACGUCGACGACGGCGACCUGCCGCCGCUCCCGGAGCGCUUCGGCACGCCAGAGUCCGAGGCAGAGACGGACUCGGACGAAUUUCACAUGGCCCACACCGGCAUGAGCACGCGCGGCGCGCCGCCACGCACGUCCAAGGCGAUGCCGCCGCUGCCGGACGUCUCGCAGAACGAGCGCGAGCAGAUGAUCAUCCAGGAGGAGCAGGAGCGCGAGCGGCGCCUGCUCGAGCGCGACGCGCAGAUCCGCGCACAGCGUGCGCAGCGCGAGCGCGAGCGCAAAGAGCGCCUCGAGCGCGAAGCCGCCGCGGAACGCGAGCGAAAAGAGGCGGAAGAGCGCAAAAAGGCCGAGGAGCACGCGCGCCGCGAGGCUGCGCGUGCCGAGCUCGUGCGCCAGCAGCAAGAGAUCGCCGAGCGCAAGCGCAGAAUCCUGCGCGAGCGCAAAGAGCGCGAAGAACAGGAGCGCAAGGAGCGCGAGGCGCGCGAGGCCGAAGAACGCAAGGCGCGCGAGGCGCGCGAGGCCAAGGAGCGCAAGGAGCGCGAGGCACGCGAGGCCGAAGCCGCGCGCCUACUCGCCGUCCAGGAGGCGACCGAGGCCAAGGUGCGUGCCGCCCAAGAGGCCGAGGCCGCGGCGCGUGCGCAGCGCGAGGCCGAGGAGCGUGCGCGUGACGAAGAGGCCGCAGAGGCGGCACGCAUCGAGGCGGAGCGCGUGCGUAUCGAGACGGAAAUGCGCCUCGAGCAGGAGCGCGUUGAAACGGCGAAGCGCGAGGCGGCGGCCAAGGCCGAGCGCGAAGCCGCCGAGCGCGAAGCGGCGCGCCUCGCCGAGGCCGCGCGCCUCGAGCGCGAGAACCGCGAGGCAGAAGCGGCGCGCGCGAAAGAACAAGCGCGCCGCGAGCGCGAAGAAAAGGAAAAAGAGGCACGCCGCCUCGCGCAGCUCGAGGCAGAAAAGGCCGCGCGCGAAAAGGCCGAGUCGGAGCGCGUGGCGCGCCUCGAGGCCGCGGCGCUCGCCGAGGCCGCACGCCAGGAGCGCCUCGCGCGCGCUACCAAGGAGGAGCAGGAGCGCAAGGAGCGCCUCGCCAAGGAGGAGCAGGAGCGCAAAGAGCGCCUCGCCAAGGAGGAGCAGGAGCGCAAAGAGCGUGCGCUCAAGGUCGAGCAGGAGCGCAAAGAGCGCCUCGCGCGCGAAGAACAGGAGCGCAAAGAGCGCUUCGCCAAGGAGGAGCAGGCGCGCCGGGAGCGCAUCGUGCGCGAGGAGCGCGAGCGCAAAGAGCGCCUUGCGCGCGAGGAGCGCGAAAAGAAGGAGCGUAUCGAGCGCAUGCGCCGCAUCGAGCGCGAGCGCAAAGAGGCAGAGGAGCGCGCGGCGAAGGAGGCGGCGGCGCGCGCCGCCGCCGAGCGCGAGCACCUCGAGCAGCAGCGCGUCCAGAUCGAAGAAAAGGCGCUAAAACGCGCAAAGCGCGAGGCGGAGGACGAGGACCGCGUGUCGCGCGCGCGCGGCCGCCGCCAGGAGGAGCUGUCGGUGGACGACGACGCCGAGUCGUCGAUCGCCGCGUCCGACGCAACGUCGACCAACGCGGACGACGCCGAGUCCGAGACAAACCUCUCCGAGCUUGUGACCAAGAAGCUGCAGGUCGUGUCGAAGAGCGCGACGUCUGGCCUGCAAGGCAUCCUCGCGCGCGCCGACGAGAAGGAGGGGGGUAUCGGCCCGUCGCUGCGCUUUGCCGACCCCGACCCCCUGCGUGUGAGCGACUCGCAGGGGGUGCGGCCGCACCCCGAGCUCCCGUGGUUCAAUGCGGUGAUCGACGAGGGCGUGCCGCGCACCGGCCCGGUCGAGACGCCUGUGUCCGCCGAAUCUGCCAUGUCGUACCUCGCGCGGAGCAGCGUGCACGGGAUCUACGGCGUGCUGCGCAGCGCGGCCGACGCGGUGCAGUCUGCCGGCUCGCUCGACCACUCGGUCGCGGGCGACGAGGACUGGAUGGUGCGCCCCGCCGGCCCCUACCGCGAUGGCGCAGUAAAGUACUUCCCCGGCUUCUGCAUCCACGGCCUGGCGGACACGGAAAAGUUUGUCGAGGCGCCGACUGGCGAGUCGGACGGCGAGCGGGUGUUUGCCGCGUCGCCGUACAUUGUCGACGCGAUUGUCGCCGCGCUCGACUUUGGCGAUAUCCGCCGCCUGGCCGAGACCUCGCGCUCGCUGCGCCGCACGCUCACGGGCGGCGCGGCGCUCACCGUGGUCCUUGAGCGGUUCCUCGGCCCGGCAGGGUACGUCGCGUGGCCGGACGCGGCGGACCCGCUGCCGCUCACGCUGUACGACUGCGAGGCGUUCCUCCUGUGCUCGAUCCUCAAGGACGAGUACCGCGCGGUGGGCCAGGCGUACCUCGCCGAGGGCCACCGCCUCGACCGCCGCAUCCCCCGCCUGGCGCGCACGAGUCUGCGUGCGUACUCCAAGGUGCUUGCGCGCGUGCGCAUGGCGCCGGACGCGAGCACGCCGACCGGGCGCGCGCCGGCGUGGGACGGCGUGCUGACGCUGCCCACCCCGCAAGGGCUGCGCCGUGUCGCGAUUCAGCGCCCCUACACCCCCGGGCGCGUCUCGCUGUUCAAGGUGUGGGCGCCCGAGGACAAGAGCACGUCCGAGGUGUACAGCACCGAGCUGCAGCGCACCGAGCGCGAGCUGUUCAUUGCGGGCAUCUGGCGCUUCUUGCACCGCGGCGACAUGGCGCUGAACGUCGCCAAGGUCGACCAGUACAACGACGGGCGCUACAUCUUUAACGGCGAGGGCUUUGUCCCGCUUGCGUCGAAGCACGACCCGAUCGGCCACCUGCCGUCGUUCCUCAACCUGCUCCUGUAUCCCCCGACGUAUUACCACGGCGUUGUGCGCUACUCGGGCAACUCUCCGGUACUGUACCUCGACCUGCUCCCGUGGCGCGCCGAGAUUGUGCACUCGAUGCAGCUCGUGCGCGACAAUGUCGAGACGCUCGGCGCGAACGGGCAGCUGUACCGCGUGUCCAAGUGGCUCUACCGCGCCGCCCUCACGAUUGACGUCCCGCCGUCGGAUGCGGCCGAGUACGAAGAGUCGCCCUACGACGCGCACCACGGCUGGAACGGCACGCUGGUGCUCGAGGCAGAGGGCACGUCGGAGCACGCGCGCGGCAUCCUGCGCCGCUGCGUCGCACCCCGCGAGCCAGACUCGCUCCUCGCCGCGAUGCUCGACUCGGUCAUGGCCGGCGCCAAUGCCACGAUCGACGUCCCGGCCGUCCAGCCGUACGAGGAGGGCGGCGCGCCGCCGACCUAUCCGUGGGUCAUCCUCCGCGAGCGCUCGCGUGCGGGUAUGAUCUGGCUCAGUCUCUUGUAG